CUCGCUCUCACAAUGUAUUUUCAACUCCACGUCUUCCAACUACCCAGUGCGUCUUCGCCGUGUUAAGGUUCGCCAUGUGAAAAUAAUUUUGCGUGCACAAAAAUCAUAAUUAAAGAUGUUGAGUCAACCGCGAUGGCUGAUGUUGGUGGUGGUUGCAGCUAUGCUGACGCUGCAGUCGAAGGGUGACGGUGGCAUCAGGCUCCCUGAUCAGCCACCCAAAGAACAAACUGAAGGACGGUCUAUAAACUUCGGAGGGGAUCCCGGACGAUCGCCUCAAGCUCAAGGUCGUGGUCUCCUGGACUGGUUGGGUCUAGGUGAAGACCAGGACCCCUACAUUCAGCAGGCCACGCAGCAGUGCAUCAAUGGAGACCUGGCUGACUGCUUCAAGGCUCAGGCUCUGCGGUCUUUUGACGACUUCUUUGACAAGCAGGCUUACCAGUUAUCAGAAAACGCAGUUCUGGUGAAGGUGGACUCGCAAGCCCGUGCCUUGUCCCGGGAGCCUCCGCAGCUGGACUCGCAGCCACGCAGUGAGGACUCGGACUGGGAGGCACUCGUCAAAUACGGCAUGAGGAAAAUUGAAAGAUUUUUAAGGUCAACAGCUCUAGAGAUGCAGCUGGAUGAGGAAGUGACAUCUCGAGGUAUUAUUGCUCCUCGCUUCAUUGAACAAAUUGCUGAUGAAGUGGAUAUCAUUGAGGAUAAAAAGGCACCUUUCCGUCAACAUAAGUUGAAGAAGUUGAUCAUCCCUAUGCUGCUGAUUCUCAAGCUGUUCAAGCUGAAGCUGCUACUGUUCCUGCCCCUCAUCCUCGGUCUCGCUAGCUUCAAGAAGUUCCUGGGAUUCAUGGCUCUUAUCGUUCCUGGUGUGAUCGGUUACUUCAAGUUCUGCAAGCCCAAUUCCUCGCCGUUCUCAUCCAGCCACUUCUCUGGACCUCACUACAGCCCAGCUGGUAUCGGGCUCGGACCGUACAGGGAAACUCCGCCCCAGUCGCAUUAUGCGUCUCAUUAUGAUAGCUACCCUGGCGGUCACAAAUACGGAUCUGGUGGUGGAAUAUCCUUUAGGGAACAUGAUGUCAGCCCCCAAGACCUGGCUUACCAAGGCUGGGAGUACAGGAAUAAGCAAGGAGCUGAAGAUAUCAAGGCUGAACCAGCUUAAGACUGAUCUUCUGAUGUAAGCUUUACAUUAGAUAAUAAGUAUUUAGUCAAAGAGGUAUUCGAGAUUAUAUGAUCGUUACGUCGUUUCUGUCCACAACAUAGGGUUCUUCAUAAUAUGGAUACAUGGUCUAUUUACGACAAAUCUCAUCAAAUUCCAUUCAGUAGUUUUAGCAUAAACACUAAACAAACAUAUUUAUAAAGUUAUUAUCACUUAAUAUGGUCUAAUAAGACGAUGUUAUUUUGGCCACAAAUUAUUGAAAUGGAAUACAAUAUUAUUAAUAUAUCUUAUAAUAUAUUUUAAUCUUAUUAUAGAAUCGUUUCAAAGACGUACCAAUUAAAGAUUUACUCGCAUCUGUAAUAUACAUCAAAAGAAAUAUACAAUUAAGAUAAGUAGACGAUUGAUACGAAUUAUGUAUGGACAGACUGACAUUAGGCUUUUUUGAUACAUUUUCAACCUUAUCAUUUAGCAAUUAAGUUGAAAAUUCAAGUUUCAAUGACUGUGUGUCUAAUAUUAUGUGGUUUCCUCAUAAAAAAUAUUUUUUAAUUUACUUCUUGGUAUUUGUACGACAGUAUUGGUUUUGGUCCCGCUCAGCUCUUAAUGUUUAGCUUGUGGAACAUAGCCAUAAAUUGCCUCGGGAUUACCAUACGGCCUAUAUCCGUCCAGCAUACAAUGCACAUAAAUCUUGCAUAAAUAAUGAUUAUCUGUUAACAGGCUACAAGCAAAACUGGCCUUACAAGUCCCUAUAUUAUUAUAGGUGUUUUAUCCUCAUGUUCUUUUUGUAUUUUUGACCCUUUUACAAAUACUUCUUUAAAACAUAUGGUUUCUUAAGCCUUAUCAUAUAGGUAUACGAUACAGCCUGUAUAAACCACUUUAUCGAGGUCUCAUUUUGUAUGAUCUUUCCGAAUAUUCAACGGUCAGUUUAUGGUGGUAAGUUCCCCAAUCAUCAAAUCCCCGAAACUCCAAAUCCUCAAAUCUGUAACCCCUAAACGGCAACGCAUUUGUAAAUCCCCUGGUCCACGGGUGUCGAUGGGCGGCGCCGAUUGCUUACCAUCAAGUGAUCUGUCAGCUCGUUUGCCAUCCUUAAUACCAUGAAAGAAACUUCGUCCCAUAACUUCGGACUUCUCAAAUAAAUGCCAUUGUCACAAUUUACUUCUUUACCACCCGAUACCUUGAUUAUUUCUUUAUACCUUCUGCCCUUCCAUGAUUUUCUAAUCCUUCCUGUCUCUACGCUUCCUCGUAUUCCUUAUUUAUCCUUCUCUUAUUAUUAUUCCUUCGCUACCUCGUACUCUAAUCAAAUCAAAUUUAUUCGCAUAUACUCCUUACCUUUCUGGAUGUAACCUCUUUCUUUCGUCCUGAUGUAGCUCCGAUACUGACCCCCUAUUUGUACAAAUGGCGUCAUGUGUCAUCUACCUUAGUCUUGCUUUCAAGGUAGGUUGGUAAAACAGGCUUUAGAAUAUUAGUCAAAGAUGUGCCGAUAUUGAUAAAUAGUUUUUUUAACACUUUAAAUGUUUUAAUAUUUGCAUUUAAUUUAUUUAAACUAUCAAUAUUGGUGUUUAUGUGUUACUAAAGCCGGGACCACACUAAAGUCAACGUCAAUGCCGAUUAUCGCGAUGUUUACUGCGAUAAUUUUAACGCGGUAAAGUGGGUGGCUACACUUGAAAUUUCAACGUGAAUACCCAUCAUGCGAAACGGCAAUGUGAAUGCUGUUGUCAAAUUAUCGCGUUGACUCGUGGCUACACCUACGGUGAACGUGCAUUAUCGCGAUAAGCAAUGGCAUUUCUCGUUUGUGAGGCCCGGGCAUAUAACGCAUUCACAUUUGCCUGACGUGACGUGUUGUGACAUUUUUUAACGUAGUUGAUUGGCUACGCAACUCAUGAUGACUGACGUUAUUAUGAACAGAGUCAUUAAUUGAUUGGUGCAUCCUGCGACACAACACGUCACGUCAUAUAAAUUAGAAUGCAGCUUUAUUAUAAUGAACUUAGUAAUGAGGAUAUGCAGAAGUUAGUUUCAGCUAUUUUCAAACAUCCUUAAUUUAUAAUAUAAUAAUAGGGUAGUAGACAGACUAUGAAAUUUAAAAAUGCAAUUAGUCCGU